UGCAUCACGUGAUAUUUUUUUUUCAAGAUGGCUGAACAUGGGAAGUUUACAAUCGAACAAAUUAUAAUGAACUUCUAUUUUAGCACUUACGUUUAAACGAAAAAAACUGUUCUGUGCAACGGAUUAAAUCGAUUAUUUAUGCACUGUAUCUCCGAUAUAAUAUGGAACAACUCAAACUUACACAGCAAGAACAAGUGUUUUAUGGAGAGUAUUUCCAAACGUGCGAUGCGGAUGGAAGUGGAAAAAUAAGUAACAGUCGAGCUUCAGAUUUAUUUGUGUGCUCGGGACUUAGUCCGGAAGUGCUCUUGAAGAUAUCUGAGUUGUGUGGUGCAAAGAGACUGGGACAUUUUGGAAGAAGCCAGUUUUAUAUUGCCCUGAAACUGAUCGCAGCUGUACAGAAUGGCUACCCACCUAAACUGGACAGUCUCAACACAGGAACAGAAAUGCCAUUGCCAAAAUUCACCAGGACUGCUGACCAAGAGAAGAGAGUACAGAAUGCAGUUCCCUCCCUUGAUACAGAGAGGCCUGUCCAGCAAGUGGGGCUAAACCAUCCCACAGUGGGACAGCUCCCCCCACCCCCUGCUUCCAAGAAAUCCCACACCCGGUCCCAGUCAGGCCAGUUCAGGGGUGUGGUAGACCGGGACUCAGGACCCUCUAAUCCUAACCCCAUCCCACAGGGGGUGACAAACCAACAGUCAUUGAAUCGAGAGGAGUCGCCAAACAAUGCUACAUCCCCCAGACAAUUUACCUCCCCUAACCAGUCCCCGCCCUCUUCUCCACCCGUCACAAAUAACAUCCAAUCAGCUGGCAGCAUUCCGUUAGCCAAUCACAACAAUGUGCAUGGUCAGAUGACCUCCCCUGUAGCCAAGUCAUUAGCCAGUCAGAGCCAGGGGGCACCUGUUGUGAUGAACGCCUUUCAGACCGGUGCUCCCACUGUGAUAACAGGAACCGCCCCCACCACAAUACACACCGGGCACCACCCUCACCCACACCCCCAUCAUCCCCAUCACCACAGGACCGGCUCCAACUCCUCACAUGAACAUGGGGAGGGGUGGGCUUUGUUUGAGGAGGAUGAACAUGCAGAAAAACCCAGUUCGCGAAGCGAGAAGACCCUUGCUGUCAUCGGAUCUCUUGGAGUGGAUUUUGAGCACAAACGUUUACUAGCACCCGGAUCCAGAAAGCCGUAUAAUUUAGAGCCGCCAGGCUUUGAUUCCUCAUCCAUAAGUUCUGAUCCGGAGAGUGUGGAUGAUAUCUGGAGUAUCAAUGAUGACCAAAAGGAAUACUACAUUGCACAAUUUAAGACCAUGCAGCCUGACCUGAGCAAAACUAUUACAGGUGCUGUAGCAAAGGAAUUUUUUGAGAAGUCCAAACUACAUGUGCACGAACUUUCCAAAAUAUGGCAGUUGUCUGACCUGAAUAGAGAUGGUGAGUUAUCCCUGGAGGAGUUCUGUAUCGCUAUGCACUUGGUGGUCCUUAGGAGACAUGAAAUAGAAAUACCAGACAGACUACCCUUUUCUCUGAUGCCAUAUACCUCAUUCACAAAUGAGGAGCCAUUUGCUGUUGACCAUCCUUCAGGGGGUACCCUAAAGAGGGCAACGCCCCCUGACACACCCCCUUCUCAUCCCAAGUCUAUCGGAGAGAACUGGCCGGAACAGCAGGUGGUGCAGGACGGCUCCUCAGAUACGGCUAGCGAUGUGGCCUCCCCCAGUGUCAAACCACUUAACUUUGCUUCUGUACCGGUCUCUGAAUCAGAUAAGAUCGUACAUCCCAUUGCCAUGAGAGUUUCUCCGGAGAUCCACCAGCAUGAGCGAGGAAGGGCGUUCUCAGAACCUGCUCCUUCACAUAACAACCAAUCAGAAUCCAGCACAAAAAAACUUCGAUCAAACACCGAGCCCCAUCUCAGUGCGUCUCAGAACGAGAUCAAUAUCUUGGAGAUGGAUGAUGAUGUCAUAGCAGGAAGUCCGCCGCUUGUCCCGCCCCCCACGGCCAGUCGACCACGCCCAGUUCCCCCCAAGAGUCUGGGCCCAGUUCCUGGCAAUAUCACUGGUCUGUUGCUGCCCGCCCCCACCACUAGUCACCCUGAUGCCACAGAUGGGGGCGUGGAGCAGGAGCCCCCAGUCCCCCCUCCCCGACCCACGGGCAGAAGCAUGUCCAUGGACGCCAGCAAAGGUCUUUCUACACCCCCAGCAGUUCCUCCUAGGGCCUCUCCCAAAGACAGUCCAGCAGUGAGAAAAUCUGGGGACCUUUCAUUUAGUGCAAUAAAUUCCAAGUUUAACGAGUUUAAGAGGUUUGAAUCCAUUCCAUCAGAAGAGUCACUCAACAAGAUGGCCGGUGUUGACACCACCGAUUCCACCAAUCACAGAGUCCGCUCAUUAUCCCAGGAGUACAACAAAAUGGGGCAUGAUGUUCAAGCGUCUGGUCUGGAGUCAGGAGAUUCAAAUGCUGUGAUUGCUAGUACAUCCAGGGAAUCAUCACCACUAGUCAAGUUUGAUGUCCCAGACGAUGAAGUAGGGGGAGGGGAGACUCAGAUUUCUUUGGAAAUGAGACGGCAAUUAAGCAGAGACAAGAAAGAUCUACAGAUGGCCAUUAGAACACACAAGGAGAGGAACUCAAUGUUAGAGAGACUUGGCAGUGAAUUGAACCAAGAACUUCAGGAGGUAAUGGAGCAGCGGAUAGCAUUGGAGAUUCAGCUGGAACACCUGAAGCCUUUCUCUAGCUGAGACCCAGAGGGGCAUACCUUUAGCAGUCUAGUCCACAACUGUUGGUGGUCCACCAAUUCAAAUCAUUCCUAGUUCUCUGUUGGAAAAAUCCAUAGUCCCAAGUGAAGGCUUGUGAGGGAUGGGUAAAAUGGGUUAGGGGAAGGGUCUCAACAUCAACGUGAUUCCAAAUCACAUUUAAAAUUACCAGAUCAAAAAAUUUGGAUUGACCCUUUUGUUGAAAGUCUUUGAAAUCUUGCUGUUUGUUUUUUGUUAUUUUUGUGAUGUAAGGAUCUCGCAUGCAUUUUUUCAAGAAACCAGUGUUUUAAGUGCUAAGUUUUUGGUCAAUAUGGCUUUGGUGCAUACAGCUUCCAUUUUGGAGUCAAUCUCAUUUUGUACUCACUAUCAUGAAACAUAUUUGUUGAAAACUCUUACCUUUGUUGGGUAAAAUAAGAUUGCAACCUUGUGUCAUUUUGAUUUUCAAAAAAAAAGACAAAAAAUAAUUUUCAUCCCAUUCAUUUCAAAUACCUUGCUGAAGUUUAGUUACAUAACAAGCCACCAUCUUUAUAGCUUCAGUUGUUAGAAAAUGAAGUAUUUAAAGCAAUACAUCUAUGAUUUAUCCUGUAACUACUCAUGCAAUUCAUAUUCGGUCCCUCCAUACUUGGGGCAUUGGCCCAGUGGCUAGCAUGACGGAUUAGUCGACCCCUGCGACCUUCCCGAUAGCCAGUCCUUCCUACAACAAUGCAAUACAUCUUCUAUAUAUGUGUGCUCUCUGUGCUUUAGCCCAGUGUCAUAGUUCAGCAUGCUGUCAUAGAUCAAGUGUGCUGUUUGUGCUCUAGCUGAGUGUGAUUAGCACAAUGUGCACUCAGUGCUGAAGCAGUGUCAUGAUUCAGUGUGCUCUCUGUGCUCUAGCUGACUGUGGUAGCACAGUGUGAACUCAGUGCUGAAGCAGUGUCAUGAUUCAGUGUGCUCUCUGUGCUGUAGCUGACUGUGGUAGCACAGUGUGAACUCAGUGCUGAAGCUGUGUCAUGAUUCAGUGUGCUCUCUGUGCUCUAGCUGACUGUGGUAGCACAGUGUGAACUCAGUGCUGAAGCAGUGUCAUGAUUCAGUGUGCUCUCUGUGCUGUAGCUGACUGUGGUAGCACAGUGUGAACUCAGUGCUGAAGCUGUGUCAUGAUUCAGUGUGCUCUCUGUGCUCUAGCUGACUGUGGUAGCACAGUGUGAACUCAGUGCUGAAGCAGUGUCAUGAUUCAGUGUGCUCUCUGUGCUGUAGCUGACUGUGGUAGCACAGUGUGAACUCAGUGCUGAAGCAGUGUCAUGAUUCAGUGUGCUCUCUGUGCUCUAGCUGACUGUGGUAGCACAGUGUGAACUCAGUGCUAAAGCUGUGUCAUGAUUCAGUGUGCUCUCUGUGCUGUAGCUGACUGUGGUAGCACACUGGGCUCUCUGUGCUGUAGCCCAAUGUCAUAGUUCAAUGUGUUCUUUGUGCUCUGGCUGAGUGUAUUAGGUCAGUGUGCUGUGCAGCAGAUGUUUUAUUUUCAUAGAGAGAGUCCAUUGAGCAAGAAUCCUUGAGAUACACUAAAUUGCUGUUGUUGUGAGCUUGUGUGGUAAUCUCUAUAUUGUAUGGCAUAAUUCUUCUAUGGAUCACUUCCAUUUGUUUGUGCAAUUCCUUCAUUAACUGUAUUAAAAACAAAACCAUUAGUACUGUUGAAGUUUGUAAGCAUUUAGUUUAUAUUCCACAUAUUCUAUAAAAUUCUCAUAGUGUAUGUUAAUCUGAGUUGAGAUGUUUUUCAUUAUGGUGUUCAAAUUCAUUAAAGGAUUGUAAGGUUUAAAGGAGUAUGGUCACGAUUUUGGUUAAUAGGCAACCAAAAUUCAAGUAUCAUUCAUUGAGUUAAAAGAAAGUUAGAGAACAUACAAUUCUUUGCUCUGCAAACAAAGUUUUUGUUUACAUUUUGAAUGUUGAAGUAAAAAUUCCAGUUUUAGACCUAAAAUCAAUGUGUCAAACAUUAGGAACUGUUCAUUUAUGCUUCAAAUGAAUAAAAAGAUGGGCAAAUCAGCUUGAAAAGGAUUUUAUACAGGUAUAUUGAAUCUAUGUAAACAAAAAGAGGGCACAAGCCUUAUUUACAUGACAAAAAUUGUGAUCCCUGUAGCUUGCUUAUAUCUCUAUGACUGACUCUCAAAUUUCAUUUGAUCAUUGGAAAUGCUUUCCUAAAGCAUUGUAAAUAAUAA